UUUUUGGGGAAUCGACUAUCAUUCAGUGUGAGCGAUUUGGGACGCAGCCUUUUGCCUCGCGCAUCGUCACGGGAGCACACACACACACACACACACACACAAACAGAGUUGGGUUAAUGUUACAUAACGGUGUGUGAACGUGUGUGUAAGAAGACCGAUGAGUCUAGGAGCUCGGUUCACGCCUCAGUGAGCGACAUCUUAAUAAAAAAGCGAUUUCUGCCAGGAUUUAUGUGUUCAUAACGCCAGUCACCACUCAGCUGGUCUGCCAUCGUAAACACCUGGCCAAACGAAUCCUCAGAGGCUUCACCCAGGUCUAACCAGUCCAGCGGUGAACACAAGGGCACACACACACACACACUUGAAGCAUGGCGGAACCGGAGCUGAACGAGUCGUCCCUGCGCUCGCCGAGCUCUGGGUCUCAAUCCAUCUCGUUCCCCUUCAUGAGGGAAGGCAGCCACGUGUGGGAGAAAGUAGGGGAUCUGCCCAGCCCUCUGCCCACCAAGCGCACUCGCACUUACUCUGCCACGGUGCGGGCGAACUCAGGUCCCGUGUUUAAGGGCGUAUGUAAGAACUUCUCGAGGUCACAGGGACAUGGAUACAUUAAACCUGCUAAUGGUGGAGAAGACAUCUUCGUCCACAUCUCAGACAUCGAGGGCGAGUACGUUCCUGCGGAGGGCGACGAGGUGACGUAUAAAGUGUGUCCCAUCCCACCGAAGAACCAGAAGGUACAGGCCGUGGAGGUGAUCAUCACGCAUCUGAACCCCGGAACGAAGCACGAGACCUGGUCCGGCAAGAUCAUCAGCUCCUAAGGCUCCACCUCGGCCUGCUGUCCUUUUGGCCUGGACUGGAGCUGAAUCGGGGAGGUCUUUGUUUUUUCUUUUUCUUUGUUUUUUUUUUUUGCUGAAGUCGGAACACUGCAGGUGGAGAAGGAUGGAGGUGAGGAAGGAGAAGGAAUGUAAUGAUGUAGUUGAGCUUCGGUAAAGUGUGAUUGAGAAAAGUAAGAGAGAGAGAGAGAAGGUGUGAAGAAAUAUUUCAUUAUUUAAAAGUAGCAACAGGAAGCAGAAAGAGAGGAAGAGAGCAGAACAGACGAAUACAGAGAUUGCGGGAAUAAAAAAUAAAACGUGAUUGGAUUUCCUCCGUGACCGAUGAGCGUAAAGAAGUAAACCUUAAAGAGAAGGGAACCAGGGUCAAACUAAAAAACUGUGAAAGACAAAGUAAUGACUCGGGACUUCCUGGAGUCUUCUGAUCGAACCCCUUCUCAUAAAUGUUAGCCUUUUUUUCCUUUAAUGUUCGUUAAUUUAUUUAUUUGUUUGCAUUUUUGGUGGGUGGAGCUGGCAUUCUGAAUUCAGUUGCAGAUGAUGCUGGGAACUGAAACGAAUAUUGCACUCAAAACUUGAAAACCCCAAAAACAAACAUACUGCCAAACUGAGUAGAACUCCCAGAAUUCCAGCGGGAGUGAUUCAGGGUAAACGGUCAGGAUUUUCUAGUCCGAUUUUGACAAAACAAAAAAAAAGAAGCAAAAAACAAAAAAGCAAUCUGUCUCACUCGCAUCAGACUUCUAGUGCGAUCACAACAGGAAGUCCUGAAAUGUCUGGUACUGUCAUUAUAUAUAACUGUAGUUGAUUCAUCAUUUGGUAGAACCUCGAUGGUGAAAGUAGCUCACGGUCGAAACUCUUCAGCUGAGCAUAUCUAAUUAAAUCUACUGCUGCACCUAGUCAGUUCCUCCAACAGAAUUUCUAUGCAUCUUUUCUAUGCUUCAUUGUCCUUGUAUUUAUUUGAUUUCUUCAUGUUUUUGUACUCGACUGACUCGACUCGGUUAGUUUAGAUUCAGUUAUUUACUUAUCCCCCCCCCCCAAAUCCCCCCCCUCCGGUCAGAUCACUGUGGCUGGUGUAGGCGUCAUUUACGUGUGAGUUAAUAAAAAGAAAUAAAUAAAACAUUUUAUUAGUCCCUCUCCUGUGACGCACUUCCUCAUUUCAUCUCGAUUCCUAAUUUUUCCAGCAUGAAUGACGUCGGCUUCUUGUACAACAGUCUGAUUGGUCAGAUUCGUUUCCUGUAUCCGCAGCUCGGACUGUAGCGCAGCUGCCGCUAAUAUGAAUAUUUCAAUAAAGUGUCUUGAAACAAACACCUGGGGUAGGUGAGAUGGUGAAUUUUUCCAUAGAGGGGUGUUUAGUUAAGUUGCUUUUAUUUGUCACAUAUACAUGACAGCACAGUGAAAUUCUUUCUUCACAUAUCCUUGGGGUCAGAGCACAGGGUCAGCCAUGAUGCAGUGCCCCUGGAGGGUGGGUUGGGGGCAAACAGUGGCAGCUUGGUGGUGCUGAAGCUUGAACCCUGAUCUUCUGGUCAACAACCCAGAGCCUUAACCAUUUGAGCUACCACCACCCCAAAUUAACUUACCAUUUAAGGAAGUCUCCAAUGUAAGCGCAUUGUAGCUGUUUUUUUCCACAGGAACGUGUUCAGGACAGCGAAAAUCAUACACGAGUUAAUAUUUUUCCCUUAAACUCGACCAAAGACAGCACUGAGAUCUGGAGUUCUCUCAGAGUAGCUAAAGCAACAUGUGUUUACUCUCUCAGCAAAAUCCUCACUUCCCUUUUUAAGAGGAAGAGUUCAAGUUCCAUGUUAGUUUGUUGUGUAAUAUUUAAGUUUAAGCAGUGCUUGUGUUCUCUCAGUUCUGUUUCUGGAAGAGGAAAUGAUCUGAACUGACUCACUCCAAGAGGGAAGGAGGGAGGAAGGGUGUGUAAGGACCUGUAUAUGAAGGGCGGGUGGAUGUGAUGGAUGCGACAGAUAGAGGGAGAGAGGGAUGGGAUAGAUAGAUAGAUAGAUAGAUAGAUAGAUAGAUAGAUAGAUAGAUAGAUAGAUAGAUAGAUAGAUAGAUAGAUAGAUAGAUAGAUAGAUAGAUAGAUGGAGGGUGUGAGGGAUGGAUAAAUGGAUGGAUGGAUAGAGGGAGAGAGUGAGAGAUGGAUGGAUAGAGAGAGAGAGAGAGAGAGAGCAAGGGAUGGGUGGAUGAAUAGAGGGAGAGAGUGAUGGAUGGAUGGAUAGGUAAAAGGAGUAGAGGGAUGGAUGGAUAGAUAGAGGGAGGGCGUGAAGGAUGGGUGGAUGGAUAGAGGGAGAGAGCGAGGGGUAGAUGGAUAGAUAGAGUGAGAGAGCAAGGGAUGGAUAGAGGGAGAGAGUAAGGGAUGGAUGGAUAGAGGCAGAGAGGGAUGGAUGGAUAGAGGCAGAGAGGGAGGGAUGGAUAGAUAGAGGCAGAGAGGGAUGGAUGGAUGAAUAGAGGAAGAGAGGGAUGGAUGGACAGAUAGAGGCAGAGAGGGAUGGAUGGAUGGAUAGAGGAAGAGAGGGAUGGAUGGACAGAUAGAGGCAAAGAGAGAUGGAUUGAUAGAUAGAGGGAGAGAGGGAUGGAUGGAUAGAUAGAGGAAGAGAGGGAUGGAUGGACAGAUAGAGGCAGAGAGGGAUGGAUGGAUGGAUAGAGGAAGAGAGGGAUGGAUGGAUAGAUAGAGGGAGAGAGGGAAGGAUGAAUGGAUAGAGGCAGAGAGGGAGGGAUGGAUAGAUAGAGGCAGAGAGGGAUGGAUGGAUAGAUAGAGGCAGAGAGGGAUGGAUUGAUAGAUAGAGGCAGAGAGGGAUGGAUUUUAAGUAGAGGGAUUGAGGAUUGGAUGAAUAGAUAGUGUGAGGGAUAGAUGGAUGGAUAUAUAGAAGGAUAGAGCGAGGGAGGGAUGGAUAGAUAGAAGGAGAGAGUGAUGGAUGGAUAGAUAGAGGCAGAGAGGGAUGGAUGGAUAGAUAGAGGCAGAGAGGGAUGGAUGGAUAUAUAGAAGGAUAGAGCGAGGGAGGGAUGGAUAUAUAGAAGGAUAGAGCGAGGGAGGGAUGGAUAGAUAGAAGGAGAGAGUGAUGGAUGGAUAGAUAGAGGCAGAGAGGGAUGGAUGGAUAGAUAGAGGCAGAGAGGGAUGGAUGGAUAUAUAGAAGGAUAGAGCGAGGGAGGGAUGGAUAUAUAGAAGGAUAGAGCGAGGGAGGGAUGGAUAUAUAGAAGGAUAGAGCGAGGGAGGGAUGGAUAUAUAGAAGGAGAGAGUGAUGGAUGGAUAGAUAGAGGCAGAGAGGGAUGGAUGGAUAUAUAGAAGGAUAGAGCGAGGGAGGGAUGGAUAUAUAGAAGGAUAGAGCGAGGGAGGGAUGGAUAGAUAGAAGGAGAGAGUGAGAGAGAGAAAGUGAGACUGUAACACAUUCGUUUUUUGAUUGCAGAUCUUUUAUAUUGGUUUAUUUCUUGGUCAGUAAAAUCCAUUAAUUCAUUAGCCAAUCCAGUUCUGUCCUCCACAUCAUGAGGUCAGUAUUGUCAGUACAUGAGUGUGCAGUGACCACAGAAGGGUUUGUUUUUUUGUGCAUUGUCUGACCUGUGUCCUGUCUCCUGGUGUUAGGAGGAGGAGCAGACAGUACUGAUGGGAAUGAUGAGACUGCAGUAUCUCCUCUCCCUGUUAGCAUUAACGCUUUAACUGUAACUUUAACUGUAACCAUGAAAUCAUGAAUAAAGCUGAAAUUACUUUCUUUUA